AUGCACUGUGUUACCGGGGUCGAGUCAAAGGUCAAAACUCAACGCUGCAAUGUUGUGAACGAAGUGGAAACUGAUGGGAGAACAGCUGAGAAAAGCUAACUUACUUCUUAUUAAACAUUUGAUAAUAAUUACAUUCAUGCUUUUACGACCAGUAAGUCUGGUAUGCAUUUUUUUAGUUGAUCAAGGUCCAAUUUGUUUAGCUGUAUAACUUACUUUUACAAUGACUUUGGUGACAAGCUAGCUAGUAAGCUAACUAGCAUUUUCUAAUUUAUCUAGCUGCCCAUAUCUGCACUCCUGUGGAGUUUGUGGAAAUGUAUCUAGCUUCGUUUUAAGUAUGAACUGAAUAACGCGACCUACGUACAAUUAUAAAAGACUACUUGCAAGUAGUGAUUUAUCAUUUUGGUCACAUAGCUAAAAGCUAGCUAUCAACAACAUAGGUACAAUGACACUUGCCCCGAAGGAGCUCUCCAACCUCUUGGGAAUCAUCUCAGAGGAAGCUUGCACCAACACUUUCGAAAGUCUAUCAUCCGCUUUUCAUCAUUACUUCGCGAAGGCCGAACAUUUCCGAGUAGGAUCGGUUUUGGUGAUGCUACUGCAACAGCCGGACCUUCUGCCAAGCUCUGCACAGCGCCUGACUGCCCUCUACCUCCUCUGGGAGAUGUACCGCACAGAGCCACUGGCCGCCAAUCCCUUUGCCGCUGUCUUUGCGCACUUGCUGAACCCCUCCCCAGUUGGGGAUGAGCAGGAGAAACAACUGUCUGGAUUCCUGCCACCCAUUACACAGCCCGAGAAGUUCUUCCUCUCCCAGCUAAUGCUGGCACCUCCAAGGGAACUCUUCAAGAAGACCCCCAGACAGGUGUCCUGCAUGGACGUGGGGAACAUGCCACAGUCCAUAGACAUUAGUGGGCUGCAGUUGGCAUUGGCAGAGCGCCAGUCAGAACUACCCACCCAGAGUAAGGCCAGCUUCCCCAGCAUCCUCAACGACCCGGAUCCAGAUUCUUCCAACUCUGGGUUCGACAGCUCAGUGGCCAAUCAGAUCACAGAGUCUCUGGUCACUGGGCCUCGACCUCCACUGGAGAGUCACUUUCGUCCAGAGUUCAUCCGGCCGCCUCCUCCCUUGCACGUGUGUGAGGAUGAGCUGGCUUGGCUAAACCCCACGGAGCCCGACCACCGUGUGCAGUGGGACCGCUCCAUGUGCGUGAAGAACAGCACGGGUGUGGAGAUCAAACGCAUCAUGGCCAAGGCCUUCAAGAGCCCACUGUCUGCCCAGCAGCAGUCACAGGUGAGUAGACAGCUCCUGAGUGAGCUGGAGAAGGAUCCGAAGCUGGUGUACCACAUCGGUCUGACCCCGGCCAAGCUGCCUGACUUGGUGGAAAACAACCCUCUGGUGGCCAUCGAGAUGCUUCUCAAACUGAUGCAGUCCAGCCAGAUCACGGAGUACUUUUCCGUCCUGGUCAACAUGGACAUGUCUCUGCACUCCAUGGAGGUGGUCAAUAGGCUGACAACUGCUGUGGACCUCCCUCCAGAGUUCAUUCACCUGUACAUCUCCAACUGUAUCUCCACAUGUGAACAGAUCAAAGACAAGUACAUGCAGAACCGCCUGGUGCGCCUGGUGUGUGUGUUCCUUCAGUCUCUGAUCCGGAACAAGAUCAUAAAUGUGCAGGACCUGUUCAUCGAGGUGCAGGCCUUUUGCAUUGAGUUCAGCCGCAUACGGGAAGCAGCUGGCCUCUUCCGCCUCCUCAAGACCCUGGAUACAGGAGAAAUCCCCCCAGAGGUCAAACCUGCCAAAUAACGCUUUCAUAGUACAUAGAACGUGGCAGUAGCCUGUUGUGCCAAAUAACACCCUCCAGGUAGUAAGCCCACAGAGGCACAACCCGCUAUAUAGCGCCCCAACCAAGAGAAACUGACCAAGGCUGUAUAACCACCCAGACAAUCCUCACGAUCUCACCAAUACCCGCUUGGAGUCCAGCUUUGAACUCAGUUACUGUUUUUCGUCUCUCUUUUCUGGACAAAGAUGGACAUAUUUUGAAAAUAGAUUUUGAAACUGUUUUUUUCCCUCCAUAGAUUGAUGCUUGUUGGUUUUGUUUCAUUAAAUGGAUAUGUAAUGAACCA